AUGCCCAUCUAUCGAAACAUAUUUUCGGCGCUCUUGGCUUUCUUGGCGCUAGCUAAUGCUGCUUCUUCGAGUACAGAAGCAUGUUUGCCAACAAACGAGAGGAAAAAUGGGAUGAAUAUCAACUUUUACGAGUAUGCGUUAGGUGACAACUCCACAUAUACUGAUUCGGCAUAUAUGGCUUACGGAUAUGCCAAUACGAAAAAAUUGGGCUCUGUCAGUGGACAGACGGCUCUUUCGAUUUACUAUAACACUCCUUGUGAUACCUAUAACUCAUGUAAUGAUCCCACCCCUAUUACCGAGAUGGUACGUAAGCGUUACGAUGAAAACUGUCCCACUGAAACCGAACCGGUCUACGCUAGUACAAAACGUGACACAGACGAUUGCGACCGAGAUGCUGCCUAUUGGAGUUCAGAUCUAUUUGGCUUCUAUACUACUCCAACAAACGUGACCAUAGAAAUGACAGGCUACUUCUUACCACCAGAAGAUGGYUCUUACACAUUCRCCUUUCCAAYGGURGAUGAYUCAGCWAUUUUAUCARUYGGGGGUGACACUGCAUUYGGAUGUUGUGCACAAGAGGAACCGCCUGCCACAUCAACYGAUUUCACAGUCGAUGGUGUYGGAAAACAGWWUGRGYAUGUSGAAGGGUCARWAUACAUGUAUGCWGGUUAYUACUAYCCAAUGAAAAUAGUUUUUUCGAAUGCURAUUCUUCAGCYACACUUCCAAUUGGCAUGACAUUSCCAAACGGUASUACUAUUUACGAUAACUAUGAAGGAUACGUCUAUUCUUUUGACAAUAACCUGGCCCAAGCKAAUUGUGAUGUUACGAAUCCCGAAAACAACACAAUUACUGGCAUWCURACAACCACAACGGAACCAUGGACYGGUGYGUAYACAACGACAGACACUMAGACAUCUACUAUCACAGGCCUCAAUAGUUUACCAACGGUUGAAACCAUCAUUGAAGUUAAAACACCAACCGGCGUCAGCUCAUCCAGUGUCCCAUCUACUCAGGUUACAACAGAAUCCAUCACAUCCUCUACUCCGGCCACAACCAUUAGUUCUGCUACCUCAUCCAAUGUAACCAGCUCCGUUGCCACAUCUUCUGGCGUGAGCAGUUCAACUUCUGCCACAUCUUCUGAGGUGAGCAGUUCAACCUCUGCCACAACCUCUGAUGUAACCAGUUCUG